AAAGAAGCUCAUGUUUACUUUAAAUAAAGUCGAAAAUCAAUAACCAAAACAUAGAUAUACAGGCCUGAGUCGCUGGACUAAAAUAAAACAGCUGUCGAAGACACAUCCGUCUUGCAGUAUGUUUGCUGAUGUCCAAAUUACCAGAACAAAAGAAGAAAAAGUGUUGCGUCUUGUUGAGCCACUAGUUGUUAACAUUGUUCCGACCGGCCUCUCGUCAGUUCGGCAUGUCUCUUGUGUGGAUUCUGAGACAACAUGGCUCUGUGGCAAUGGACCACAACUUAAGUUAAUGGAUAGGAGAGGGAAAGAACUGAAGACGACCAAGACGCCAAAGCAAUAUAGCAUUAGUGGCAUGUCCAUGUCAAUAUCAGGGGACCUGGUGUUCUGUUCUACAGCCGACAGAUCCGUGUACAAAAUGAAGGACAUAAAACACAUAGAAUAUCUGUUCAGUACUGGUGAUUUUGAACCUUGUGGACUGCACUGCUGUAGAAAUGGAGACAUUUUAGUUUCUGUUUACAACAACCAAAGGGCAAAAGUUGAUAAGUUUGGGAGCAAGGGGUAUAAAACGCAAGAUAUAGAAAUAAAAGAAAAUGGUCGUCGUCUUUUCAAGAAGCCAACUUUCAUAACGCAGAACAAAACCGGCGACAUUUGUGUUUCAGAUCAGGAUAGAGUCGUUGUUACGACAGAUUGCGGAACCUUUCGAUUUAACUAUUACGGCAGAAAAUUCAAAACGUUCACACCUCGUGGAAUAUGCUGUAAUAAAUUGUCUCACAUCAUUGUAGCAGACAACAUCAACAAUGUUAUUCAUGUGGUCAACGAAAAUGGAACAAUGCUGAGUGCUCUGGAUACGUCCGGCCAAGGAAUUCUGGGACGACUAUAUUCACCAUCGAGUCUCUCUUUGGAUGAGAGUGAUAAUAUCUGGGUUGGAGAAAUGUUUAGUGGUCUUAUCAAAGUACUGAAGCAUCUAGAACUUUGUUAUGUUUGAUUUUUACACAACUUACACGACAGUUAUAAAUGAAAAUACCUAUUACGUUUCCAUUGCACAUGUACAUAGCCUGAUACUGUUGCACAAUAUGCAUAUUGAAUAUAAAUAUAAACGGUUCAUCCCAUGUUUCAAUAUU